ACGGCACGCACGGAGCGUCCAUCCAAAGCAACAAAAACUCCGCCCGUCCCCACGCCACCCCGCCUCGCGCUUGCCGUUGCCGCCUCCGACCCGCUGCUUCAUUCGUCGCUUCUACUACUGCUAUGCUAUAGCAUAUACUCCAGUCGUUGCCCCCGCCGCCGCCGCCGCCGCCGCCUCGACGCAUCCGAGGAGGAGGAGAAGGAGAGGCCGGCCGGGUAGCCAUUCGCGUGCGAUCGCGGCAGAGGAGGGCGGCGGUAUAUAGACGAUGGGCCUCGUCGGCGGUGUCGUCGGCUUCUGCCUCGGCCUCCCCAUCGGCCUCGCCGCCGCGUACUUCGUCUACCUCCGCUACUUCGCCGCCGCUCGCCGCCUCCAGGAUCCUGUCAUUAAACCUCUACGAGAUUUAGAUUCUGAAACCCUGCAGGCAACAAUACCACAUAUUCCAUUAUGGGUGAAGAGCCCAGACUACGAGCGGGUGUAAGUCAACUGCUUUGUUUACUCAAACCUUGAGGAACAUCUCUUUAUAGAAUAUUGACUGGAUGAACAAGUUUAUUUUUGACAUGUGGCCUUUUCUGGAUAAGGUUCUUUCAACUUUUUAUUCUUAUUUGGCAAUAUGCAAGCAUAUAAAUCGUGCUACAAGGCCAAUAUUUGAUCAAUAUGUUGGACAAUAUGGUAUAGAAUCAAUUGAAUUUGGAGAGUUGACACUUGGGACUCUUCCACCUACAUUUCAAGGCAUUAAAGUUUACGAAAUGUUAGAAAAAGAGUUGGUAAUUGAGCCUGUGAUUCGGUGGGCUAGUACAUCAAAUGUAACAGUGAACGUAAAGGUGCAAUCUUUCGAAGUGACGGUUCAGCUUGAAGAUUUGCAUAUAAUGCUGACACCACGUGUGAUUUUGAAGUCACUUGUGCCAAGCUUUCCCUGUUUUGCUAACUUGUGUGUUUCACUAAUGGAAAAGCCACGUAUAGAUUUUGGAUUGAAACUCUUGUGUGGAGAUGUCAUGGCAAUACCAGGCUUGUAUCAAUAUGUUCAAGAUCAAUUAUCAAAGCAAAUCUCAAAUUUGUAUCACUGGCCUAAGGUUAUACAGAUUCCUAUCUUAGAUGGAGCAAGUGGCGCUACAAAGAAGCCAGUUGGAAUCUUGCAUGUAAAGGUAAUUAGAGCCCUGAAUCUUCUCAAGAUGGACUUUCUCGGCAAAUCUGAUCCCUAUGUGAAGAUGCGCCUGAGUGGUGAGAGACUGCCCUCGAAGAAAACAUCUGUCAAGAUGAGCAACCUGAAUCCUGAGUGGAAUGAACACUUCAGGUUCAUAGUCAAGGAUCCUGAUACCCAAGUCCUUGAGCUUCACAUGUUUGAUUGGGAAAAGGUUAAGAUGCAUGAUAAAUUGGGCAUGCAAGUAAUUCCCCUCCGCUUGCUUACACCUUACGAGAGCAAAUUAUUCACGCUCGACCUUGUUCGAAGCAUGAACCCAAACGAUCCGCAGAACAAGAAGAACAGAGGGAAGCUCAUCGUUGAGUUGACAUUUGAUCCCUUAAGAGAAGACAAUAUGUCUUCAGAUGCUGAAGGUAAUGCUAGCGUGAGAAGGGAUGCGGACGGUGGUGGUGGGGGGGUGCUGUUGGUUUCGGUAGAAAAUGCGGAAGACGUCGAAGGGAAGCGGCAUACUAAUCCAUACGCUGAGGUCCUUUUCAGGGGAGAGCGGAAGAAAACAAAGGUGAUAAGGAAAACAAGAGAGCCAAGAUGGAGCGAGGAGUUCCAGUUCAUGGUAGACGAGCCUCCGGUGGAAGAUAAGAUCCACAUCCAAGUCAAAAGCAAACGCCGCGGGCUUCCCUUCCGCAACAAGGAAUCGCUGGGGCAUGUGAAUAUAAACCUGGUGGAUGUGGUGAACAACGGCCGGAUCAACGAGAAGUACCACCUCAUCAACUCCAGGAACGGGAUGAUACACGUGGAGAUCAAAUGGAGCACUGUGUGAUUAUUCAGCUCGUGUAAUGUUUAACAUCAACGGGCUGCCAAGAGGCGUGUGACUGGUUUGUGAGUUGUUGCCGUUAUUAUUAUAAAAAAACCGAUCGGUCGGGGCUUCUUUGGUUGCUUCCUAUGGCAACAUUUGGUA